AUGAAGUCUUUCUCCCCCGUUGCUCUGGCCCUUCUGGCCGCUAUCGGUAUGGUCUCGGCCGCCGAUGUCUCUGCCUCGGAAUGCGCUACCAUGUGUGUGAACAACAUGAACGACAAGGCUUCCGAGCUGAACUGCAAGGCCGGUGACAUGGCCUGCCUGUGCAAGAGCGAAGACUACUCCUUUGGUAUCCGUGAUUGCACCAAGGAGGCCUGCCCCAGUGACGACGCCGAGAAGGUGUUGAAGAUGGCUCUGGAGAAGUGCCCUAGCGGCUCUGGUUCUGGCUCUGGCUCUGGCUCUGGCUCUGGCUCUGGUUCGAGCACUAGCACCGGCUCUGGCUCUGGCUCUGGCUCCGACUCUUCCAAGACUGGCAGCGAGAGUGACAGCACUGGCACUGCCACCGGCACUGGCUCAGGAUCCGGCUCUGGAAUGACCACCGCUACUGCCACUGGCAGUGACAGCACUGCUACCGGCACCAGCACCGACAGCAUGACUGGCUCCAACGGCAGCGGCAGUGGCAGCGGUAGCUCUACUGCCACCGCUACUGGCUCUGAUGCCACUGGCACCAACUCCACUAUGAUGACCAUGACCACCACCGGCUCUGGCUCCAGCUCGACCGAGACUGGCUCUGGCUCUGGCAGCGGCUCCAGCAGCGAGUCUGGCUCUGGUUCCGGCUCCAGCUCCAGCUCUGGCAGUGCUCCCUCUACCAGCACUGGUGCUGCUCACCCCAUGGCCACCGUCGGCACUGGGGCUGUCGGCGCUAUGGGUCUGGCUGCCCUGCUGGUC